GGUUUAAGGGAGCGUUACAAAGGGUUUAAGAGCGGAACGCAUUUUUUUCAUUUCUUCGUUUACUCCUCUCUUCAAUUUUCAUUUUCUUUAUUGAAAGGAUCGAAGCAGAAACCCUAAUUCGCGCUGCAGAUCCAACGCCCAUGACACGAUUUCUUAGAAGGCUGUCGCCGCUGCUUCCCAGGAGGGAUUCUGGAAGUGCAGGUGAUCGGAGCAGGGCUGCGCGGCUAUUAGCUUUGGCUGCUGUCGGCACAGCUGGCUUUAUAUGUUCCAAUGACUGCGACAGGGAUACCAAAACGAGUCUGUCGGUGUCCAAGCCAUUGCUUGAAUUGCUGUUGCAGUCAUGGAAGUCUCUGCUAGAGCUUCCUUGGAUGUAUUCAUGGGACAACUUCUCGGUAUCAGGGAAUCUUCCGCUACAUUUUUCCAGAGCAGGUUCUCUUCCAUCAACUGAUAUGAGGAAGGGGGCUUCUGGAGAUGUUGGAGAUAGCACUAAAUGCUGUCCUGGGUGUCUAAGUAGAGAUUCCAUUGCUACAGCUGCUGCUGUGGCUGGUCCUGCUGUUGUUAAUAUAUCAGUUACACAAGGUUUCCAUGGGAUGACCCUUGGGAAGAGUAUAGGCUCUGGAACAAUCAUAGAUCCUGAUGGUACAAUCUUAACUUGUGCUCAUGUUGUGGUAGACUUCCAGAGCAGGAGAACUAUUUCUAAGGGAAAGGUUGAUGUUACUUUGCAAGAUGGUCGAACAUUUGAGGGUACUGUUGUAAAUGCUGAUUUGCAUUCUGACAUUGCUGUUGUAAAGAUCAAAUCCAGAACUCCACUGCCAACAGCAAAACUUGGGUCCUCGUGCAAGCUUCGUCCUGGAGACUGGGUGGUUUCUUUGGGUUGCCCGCUUUCUCUCCAAAAUACCAUCACAGCUGGGAUUGUCAGCUGUGUUGACCGCAAAAGCAGUGAUUUAGGCCUUGGAGGUCAAAGGGAGUAUCUACAGACUGAUUGUGCAAUCAAUGAAGGUAACUCUGGGGGACCCCUUGUGAAUCUUGAUGGGGAAGUUAUAGGAGUUAAUAUUUUGAAGAUUGUGGCUGCUGAUGGUUUGAGUUUUGCAGUACCAAUUGAUACGGUUGCUAAAAUCAUUGAGCACUUCAGGAAGAAGGGGAGAGUUGUUCGGCCAUGGCUUGGAUUGAAAAUGCUUGAUCUCAAUGAAAUGGUUAUCGCUCAGCUUAAAGAAAGAGACCCUACUUUCCCGAAUGUAACCAAAGGGGUCCUCGUACCAAUGGUAACUCCAGGGUCUCCAGCUGACCAUGCCGGAUUCCGCCCGGGUGAUGUUGUCAUUGAAUUCGAGGGGAAGCCUGUCGGAAGCAUCAAUGAGAUCAUCGAAAUAAUGGGGGACAAGGUCGGGCUGCCCUUGAAAGUGCUAGUGAAACGAGCACAUAAUAAGAUGGUGACUCUGACUGUGGUGCCAGAGGAGGCCAACCCAGACAUGUAACACCACUUUGUUUUGCACAUUGAAUUGUUUCACAAGGCAUUCUUCAAAAUCAUCAGUGAACAUGGAGCACCUAAAUUGUACCAAUAAAAUGUCAGAACACACCUGGCACUAUUGGGAGACACAAGACCUGCCUUGUUGCAAGAAAAGAGAAGGUAUUGCAGGAAUUGAGAUAACGGGAUUUUCUAGACCAAUUGAAGAAAUGAGCACUGACCUCACACAGCAGUUACAACUCUUCCUCUUCUUUUUCUUGCUUGAUGUCAAUUGACUAGAAACUUAUACAAGAUCCCUGAUGGGUAUACAUCUAAGAAAUGCCCUCUCAGAAUUUGCAAGCUUAAGAAAACUGGUCGAAGCAUGUGGUUACCCAGCUCAUUGAAUGCAAUUAUAAUGAGAAUAGUAGUUCACUGCUUUUAACAAUAGGUCCUGGAGACUUGGUUCUUCAUACUAUUGCUCUAGGUUUUCAUAUAACUACAUUGAUCUCAGUAAAAUGUGCUUUUGAUUUC